GAGGGAGAGAGAGAGAGGGAGAGAGCGCAUCCCCGCUACUUUCAAAGCUGCAAAGUACAAGAGGGAGGGGCGGGCGGCAGGGAGCUUGUCCCAUUGGAUUCCCUCAUGCUAGUUCCGGGGCGGCUGGCUAUAAAGGGCUUUAUGCCAUGUCUGGAGGGUGGAGAGUUGAUUAGGAAACACUAUGUCUCCACUGUAGAACGCACUUUUCUGCUACAAUUAACAGAACUAAGGUAAAAAAGACGAAGGAGAAAGAAAAGAGAAAAAAAGCCACGUGGUACCAAACUCUGCUGCUGGAGCCCCUUCUGGGCUCCCCAGCUCUCCACGCUGCUCCACUAGCAUCCUAGCGCACCAAUGGGACUUCGCUGCCGUCGCUCCACUAUGGACGGAGGGACCGCCGCUGUCUGUAAAUUGCUGAUACUCCUUAUUGCCUGCGCAAGGGAGAUCAACUGCCAGGGAUGCAACAGUGGGCAAUUCCGUUGUGGAAAUGGUCGGUGCAUUCCUGCACACUGGAGGUGUGAUGGAGCCAAGGAUUGUUCAGAUGACACAGAUGAAGCAGGCUGCCCUCAUCCUUCUUGUGAGGCAAGCCAGUUUCAGUGUCACAGUGAUGGGGAAUGUAUCCCUCGUGCCUGGGUUUGUGAUGAAGAAGAAGAUUGUGAUGAUGCAUCUGAUGAACAUCAGCAGUGCCCUGGGCGGACAUGUUCAAGCCAACAGAUGACAUGCCCUAAUGGUCAAUGCAUCCCAAAUGAAUACAGGUGUGAUCGAGUUAGAGAUUGCCCAGAUGGCGCUGAUGAGAAUGGCUGCCAAUAUCCAGUCUGUGAGCAGUUGACUUGUGCCAAUGGGGCAUGUUAUAAUACAAACCAGAAGUGUGAUGGGAAAGUGGACUGCCGGGACUCCUCUGAUGAAGUCAAUUGCACUCAGAAAUGCCUGAAUACCCAGUUUCAGUGUGCCAAUGGAGAAUGCAUCCCUCGAUCCUUUGUCUGUGACCAUGAUGAUGAUUGUGGAGAUCAGAGUGAUGAACAUGAUUGCACCUAUCAAACAUGCAGAGGAAAUUUCUUUACUUGCCCAAGUGGCCGUUGUAUUCAUCAAAGUUGGAUUUGUGAUGGGGAUGAUGAUUGUGAAGAUAAUGCAGAUGAAAAUGGAUGUGAAAGUGGACAUCAUGAGUGUUACCCAGGAGAAUGGGCCUGUCCAGGGUCUGGGCACUGUAUCCCAAUUGAAAAACUUUGUGAUGGGACAUUAGACUGCCCUUCUGGAGAAGAUGAGACCAAUGUGACUGCAGGCAGACACUGUAAUAUAUCUCAGUGUGCCAUUCUGAGCUGUCAACAUCGUUGCCACUCCUCUCCAACUGGAGGAACUUGUUAUUGUCCCCAGGGUUAUGUCAUCAGCUCAAAUGACAGCCGAACUUGUGUUGAUUUUGAUGAUUGCAAGAUGUGGGGUGUGUGUGAUCAGAUCUGUGAAGAUCGCAUUGGCCAUCAUCAGUGUCAUUGUGUGGAGGGUUAUGUCUUGGAACAACACCGGCAUUGUCGAGCCAAUGUUUCCUCUGGUGUAGCAUCUCUUAUUUUCUCCAAUGGUCGGGACUUGUUAAUUGGCGAUAUCCAUGGAAUGAGCUUCCGGACUCUGGUACAAUCUCAGAAUCGUGGAGUGGCUGUGGGUGUGGAUUUUCAUUUUUACUUGCAUAAAAUCUUUUGGACAGACACUGUACAAGAUAAGGUUUUUUCAGUUGACAUUGAUGGUGCAAAUAUCCAGGAAGUUCUAAAUGUUUCUGUUGACACACCUGAGAACCUAGCUGUCGAUUGGGUUAAUAAUAAACUCUAUGUAGUAGAGACCAGCGUCAAUCGAAUAGACAUGGUGAAUUUGGAUGGAACAAAUAGGGUCACCCUUAUUACAGAAAAUUUGGGAAAUCCUAGGGGAAUUGCACUUGAUCCAACUGUUGGUUAUUUAUUUUUCUCAGACUGGGAUAGUCUUUCUGGGGACCCUAAGGUGGAAAGGGCCUUCAUGGAUGGCACCAACCGUCAAGAUUUGAUAAAAACAAAGCUGGGAUGGCCUGCUGGGAUAACUCUGGAUAUUAUAUCAAAGCGAGUUUACUGGGUCGACUGCCGGUUUGAUUACAUUGAGACUGUAACUUAUGAUGGACUUCAAAGGAAGACAAUAGCUCAUGGGGGAGCCAUAAUUCCUCAUCCCUAUGGAAUAAGUCUGUUUGAACACAAUGUGUUCUUUACGGAUUGGACAAGAUUAGCAGUGAUGAAGGCGAAUAAAUUUUCAGAAUCCAAUCCACAGAUUAUCUACCAGUCCUCCUUGAGGCCCUAUGGAGUGACCAUUUACCAUGCUCUCAGACAGCCCUAUGUAAGGAAUCCUUGUGGGAAUAACAAUGGAGGAUGUGACCAGGUGUGUGUCCUUAGUCAUAGAACUGAUAAUGAUGGCUUGGGCUAUCGUUGCAAAUGCAUCCUGGGAUUUGACUUACAUCCUGAUGGAAGACGUUGCAUUGCUGUGCGGCAGUUUCUGCUCUUUUCAUCCCAAUUGGCAGUGCGUGGGAUCCCAUUCAACCUCUCUACCCAGGAAGAUGUCAUCAUUCCAGUGACAGGGAGCCCUUCCUACUUUGUUGGAAUUGAUUUUUAUGCACAGGAAGACACUAUUUUUUUUUCUGAUACAACAAAGGAUAUUAUUUACAAACAAAAAAUUGAUGGCACAGGAAGAGAAAUACUCACAGCGAAUAGGGUGGAGAGUGUUGAAGAUUUAGCUUUUGAUUGGAUUUCAAAGAAUCUUUAUUGGACAGAUCCCAGAUACAGGAGUAUCAGUGUCAUGAGAUUAGUGGAUAAAUCAAGACGAGCAAUAGUUCAGAACUUAAACAAUCCACGAUCAAUAGUAGUCCAUCCAGUUAUUGGGUAUAUAUUCUGGACAGACUGGUACCGUCCUGCUAAAAUUAUGAGAGCCUGGAGUGAUGGAUCUCAUUCAGUGCCAAUAGUGAAUACCACUCUUGGAUGGCCUAAUGGUUUAGCAUUAGACUGGGGUGCUUUGCGGCUUUACUGGGUAGACGCCUUUUUUGAUAAAAUUGAGCACAGCACAUUUGAUGGUCUGGAUCGACGGACCCUUGAGCGCAUUCACCAGAUGACUCAUCCAUUUGGCCUUACAAUCUUUGAAAAUUAUGCAUAUUUUACGGACUGGAGACUGGGUGGAAUUGUUCGGGUAAGGAAAACUGAUGGUGGAGAGAUGACCAUUAUCCGAAGAGGCAUUAAUAAUGUAAUGCAUGUGAAAUCCUAUAAUGCUAAUGCCCAAACUGGCUCUAACUACUGCAACCGAGCAACAAAUCCCAAUGGAGAUUGCAGCCAUUUUUGUUUCCCAGUUCCUAACUUUCAACGAGUUUGCGGCUGCCCAUAUGGUAUGAAGCUCAGUACCAAUCAUCUGACAUGUGUUGAGGAUCCAUCCAAUGAACCACCUACUCUGCAGUGUGGAUCUUAUUCCUUUUCUUGUAACAAUGGCAGAUGUGUUCCAAGAUAUUAUCGCUGUGAUGGUGUUGAUGACUGCCAUGAUAACAGUGAUGAGCAACACUGUGGCACAUUAAACAAUACCUGUGCAGCCUCAGCAUUUACCUGUGCUCAUGGGCAGUGCAUUCCAGGACGUUGGCGCUGUGAUAGGCACAAUGACUGUCUGGAUGGCAGUGAUGAAGAACAUUGCCCCACUCUAGGACCCACUUCCUGCCCAGAAAGCUUGUAUACUUGUGACAAUAGCCAGUGUAUCCCGAGGAUCUGGCUUUGUGACACAGACAACGACUGUGGGGAUGGCUCUGAUGAAAAAAACUGUAAUUUUACAGGAACAUGUGAUCCGGGCCAGUUUCAGUGCCCUGACCAUCGCUGCAUUGACCCAUUCUAUGUGUGUGAUGGAGAUAGAGAUUGUGCGGAUGGAGCUGAUGAAGUUGGUUGUAUAUAUAACUGCACUGCUUCUGAGUUCAAGUGUGCCAGUGGAGACCAGUGUAUCAGUAAUAUUUACCAUUGUGAUGGCGUUUUUGACUGCAAUGACAACUCUGAUGAGGCUGGCUGUCCUACCAGACCUCCAGGAAUGUGCCACCAGAAUGAGUUUCAAUGCCAAUCAGAUGGCACCUGUAUUCCAAACAACUGGGAGUGUGAUGGGCAUCUGGAUUGCAUGGAUGGUUCUGAUGAACACAAUGGCUGUCUUCCCAUGACCUGUGCUCCAUCUCUUUUCCGCUGUGACAAUGGAAACUGCAUCUACAGGGCUUGGAUCUGUGAUGGGGACAAUGACUGCAGGGACAUGAGUGAUGAGAGGGACUGUCCCACUCAGCCCUUUCGAUGCCCUAGCUGGCAGUGGCAGUGUCCAGGCCAUAGCAUCUGUGUGAAUCUGAGCUCAGUAUGUGAUGACAUCCCAGAUUGCCCCAAUGGGGCAGAUGAGUCCCCAGUUUGCAAUGAACCCCAGCCAGAUCAGGAGAGCUGCUCAGACAAUAAUGCUGGUUGCACUCAUGAGUGCAUUCAAGGGCCUUUUGGGGCUCAGUGUUUGUGCCCAUUUGGAUAUCAGCUCACCAAUGACUCUAAAACCUGUGAAGACAUCAAUGAAUGUGAAACUCCAGGUUUUUGCAGCCAGCAUUGCUAUAAUGAAAGAGGGUCUUCCCGAUGUUGGUGUGAUGAAGGGUAUAUAUUAGAAGGCAAUGGGAAGACUUGCAAAGUUGCUGCUUCAGGAAAUCUUUUGUUACUAGUGACUAGUCGGAAUCAAAUAGUUGCUGACAAUAUCACCUCUCAAGGACAUAAUAUUUAUUCACUUAUCCGUGAUGGUGAACACAUUGUGGCAAUUGAUUUUGAUUCACACAGUGGCCGUAUCUUUUGGUCUGAUAUUAGACAGGAUAAAAUCUGGAGUGCUUUUCAAAAUGGAACAGACCGAAAAGUAAUAUUUGACAGUGGUGUUACCGUGACUGAAAGUAUUGCGGUAGACUGGGUAGGUCGCAAUCUUUACUGGACAGACUAUGUUCUGGAAACAAUUGAAGUCUCUAAAAUGGAUGGGAACCACAGGACUGUGCUGAUUAGUGAAAAUGUAACAAACCCAAGGGGACUAGUAUUAGAUCCCAGAAUUGAUGCACAUCUGAUGUUCUGGUCAGACUGGGGCAAAAAUCCUCGAAUUGAAAGGGCCAGUAUGGAUGGUACCAAUCGCACAGUUAUCAUCAAGGAUAAGAUCUAUUGGCCCAAUGGCUUGGCUAUUGAUUACCCCAAUAAAUUGCUCUACUUCAUGGAUGCCUAUCUUGAUUACAUUGACUUUUGUGAUUACAAUGGAAACCACCGGAGGCAGGUGGUAGCCAGUGAUUUGAUAUUACGUCAUCCUCAUGCUUUGACUCUCUUUGAAGAUUUUGUUUAUUGGACAGACCGUCAUACUCAUCGAGUCAUUCGUGCCAAUAAGUGGCAUGGGGGAAAUCAAACAGUCAUAAUUUAUAAUAUUCACCAGCCUCUGGGAAUUGUUUCUAUGCAUCCAGUUAAACAACCUAGUAGUACAAAUUCAUGUAUAUCUGCACCCUGUAGCCACCUGUGUUUGCUUUCUUCAUCAGGACCAAGGUUUUAUUCUUGUGCUUGUCCUUCAGGAUGGACUCUUUCUUCUGAUUCUAUUAAUUGCUUGAGAGAUGAACAACCCUUCCUUAUAACUGUAAGAAAGAAUAUAAUUUAUGGAAUCUCCCUUAAUCCUGAGGAAAAAACCAAUGAUGCCAUGGUUCCUAUUGCGGGGAUACAGAAUGGUUAUGAUGUUGACUUUGAUGAUUCAGAGCAGUUUAUCUACUGGGUUGAAAAUCCAGGUGAAAUUCACAGAGUGAAAUCAGAUGGUACCAACAGGACUGUGUUUGCUCCUGCUUCUGUUUUGGGAUCUCCAGCAAGCCUAGCUUUAGACUGGAUCUCUAGAAAUCUUUAUUAUACCAAUCCUGGAACACAGUCGAUUGAGGUUUUAACACUUCGAGGUGAAACAAAAUAUAGAAAAGCUCUAAUUACCAAUGAUGGAACCCCUCUUGCAGUUGGCUUUCCAGUUGGCAUAACUAUUGAUCCUGCCAAUGGGAAAAUGUACUGGACAGAUCAUGGAACUGAAAGUGGGAUACCAGCAAAGGUUGCUAGUGCUAACAUGGAUGGCUCACAGAUAAAAACUCUGUUCACUGGAAAUCUUGAGCACAUAGAGUUCAUCACCAUUGACAUUAAGGAACAAAAGCUAUACUGGGCAGUCACCAGCACAGGAGUGAUUGAGAGGGGAAAUGUGGAUGGUACCAAUCGAAUGAUCAUGGUAUUUCAUCUUUCUCAUCCGUGGGGAAUUGCUGUCUAUGAUUCCUUCCUCUACUACACCGACCAAGAUUAUGAGGUCAUUGAGCGGGUUGACAAAUCUACGGGUGCAAAUAAAGUCGCUCUAAGGGACAAUGUCCCCAACCUGAGGUGUCUGCGAGUUUAUUACAGAGACCAUUCUGCUGGUACAUCAAAUGGCUGUAGCAACAACAUGAAUACUUGUCAGCAAAUUUGCCUGCCUAUUCCUGGAGGGUUGUUUUCCUGUGCCUGUGCUACAGGAUUUAAACUCAAUCCUGAUAAUCGAACCUGCUCUCCAUAUGAUUCAUUUAUAGUUGUUUCAAUGUUAAAUGCAAUCAAAGGCUUUAGCUUGGAGGCAUCAGAUCAUUCAGAAGCCAUGGUACCAAUGGCAGGCCAAGGGCGAAAUGCACUGCAUGUGGAUGUCCAUGUGCCUUCUGGUUUCAUUUAUUGGUGUGAUUUCAGCAGUACUGUAGCAUCUCAGAAUGGAAUACGCAGAAUUAAACCCGAUGGGUCUAAUUUUAGAAAUGUCAUCACUAAUGGUAUAGGACAAAAUGGAGUCCGGGGUAUUGCAGUUGAUUGGGUAGCAGGAAACCUUUACUUCACCAAUGCUUUUGGGACUGAGACAUUGAUAGAAGUGCUACGAAUCAAUACUACUUACCGCCGUGUUCUCCUGAAAACAACUGUGGACAUGCCCAGACAUAUAGUGGUAGAUCCCAAGAACAGAUACCUGUUCUGGGCUGACUACGGACAGAACCCAAAGAUUGAGCGUGCUUUUCUAGAUUGUACUAACCGAUUAGUGCUUGUGUCUGAGGGCAUUGUUACACCCAGGGGCUUGGCCGUGGAUCACAGCAAUGGCUACAUUUAUUGGGUUGAUGAUUCUUUAGAUAUAAUUGCCCGGAUCAAUCAGGAAGGAGGUGAUACUGAAAUGGUUCGCUAUGGGAGUCGAUAUCCAACACCCUACGGCAUCACUAUUUUUGAAAACACUAUGAUAUGGGUGGACAGGAACCUGAAGAAAAUCUACCAAGCCAGUAAAGAACCAGGGAAUACAGACCCUCCGAGAGUGAUUAGGGACAACAUCAAUUGGCUAAGAGAUGUGACCAUUUUCAACCCACAGUUUCAGCCCCUGUUACCUGAAGAAGUGAACCACAACCCAUGCUUGGAGAAUUAUGGAGGAUGUUCCCAUUUAUGUUUUGCAUUGCCCAAGCUGCAGGGACCAAAAUGUGGCUGUGCUUUUGGGGAACUGGAAAGUGAUGGAAAGAGAUGUGCCAUUUCUACCGAAAAUUACCUUAUUUUUGCUUUAGAAAAUUCUCUGAGAAGCAUCUAUCUGGACCCUGAGAACCACAGCCCACCAUUUCGUAAGCUGACUGUGCCCAGGACUGCAGUUGCUUUAGACUUUGACAGUAUCAACAACAGAAUAUACUUCACCCAAAGUUCUACAACAGCGAGUGGCCGGAUUUCCUAUGUUAGCCUAUUAUCUGGGGUUACUUCCCCAACUGUCAUUGCGACAGAUGUAGGGAUUCCAGAUGGCAUUGCUUUUGAUUGGAUCAACAGUAGAAUUUAUUAUAGUGAUUACCUGAACCAGACCAUUAACUCCAUGUCAGUGGAUGGAUCUAAUCGCACUGUGGUUGCUCGAGUACCACGGCCAAGGGCAAUUGUAUUAGAUCCUUGCAGAGGGUAUAUGUACUGGACCGACUGGAGUACUAAUGCUAAAAUUGAACGAGCCACAUUGGGAGGAAACUUCAGAAUUCAUAUUGUAAACACCAGUCUGGUUUGGCCAAAUGGUCUUACUCUGGACUAUGAGGAAGACUGGCUGUACUGGGCAGAUGCAAACCUGCAGAAGAUUGAACGUUCCUCCCUGACUGGGGCAAACCGGGAGGUAAUUAUCAGUACAGCGAUUCAUCCCUUUGCCAUGACUGUCUACGAUCAGCAUAUUUAUUGGACUGAUUGGAACACAAGGACUAUCUACAGAGCUAACAAAUAUGAUGGUUCAGAACAGAUUGUAAUGAUUAUGAAUUUGCCACUGCGGCCAAUGGAUAUUCAUGUGCUAGUGAAGAGUAGACAGCAGCAGUGCCCUAACCCCUGCAGUCAAUUUAAUGGGGGAUGCAGUCAUAUUUGUGCACCAGGUCCUAAUGGUGCUGAGUGUCAAUGCCCAUCAGGAGGCCGCUGGUACUUGGCAAAUGGAAACAAACACUGCAUUACAGACAACGGGACGAGAUGUGAAGGGGGACAAUUCACUUGCCUUAAUGGGCGCUGCAUCUCGGAGAGGUGGAAGUGUGACAAUGACAAUGACUGUGGGGAUGGCAGUGAUGAGCUGGAAAAUGUCUGUGCAUUUCACACUUGCCAGCCAACAGCAUUCACCUGUGGCAAUGGGCGUUGUGUCCCUUACCAUUAUCGCUGUGAUCACUACAAUGAUUGUGGAGACAAUAGUGACGAGGCAGGCUGCUUAUUCCGAACUUGUGACACCAACACUGAAUUUGCUUGCAACAAUGGGAGGUGCAUAUCCCUGGAAUAUGUCUGCAAUGGUAUCAAUAACUGCUAUGAUAAUGGCACUACAGAUGAGAGGAACUGUCCUGAUCGAACAUGCCAGUCUGGAUUUACAAAAUGUCAGAACACAAAUAUUUGUAUUCCUCGUACUUAUCUUUGUGAUGGAGAUAAUGAUUGUGGAGAUAUGAGUGAUGAAAGUCCCACUCACUGUGUCUCUCUGACUUGUACCAGCAAUGAGUUCCGUUGUACAUCUGGGCGCUGUAUUCCUGCUCACUGGUAUUGUGACCAAGGAGUAGAUUGUGCUGAUGGCUCUGAUGAACCUUCUUCUUGUGUGUCUCAUGUGAGAACUUGUAGAGCAGACCAGUUCAGAUGUGAUGAUGGCAGGUGUAUCCCAAGCACAUGGACCUGUGAUGGUGACAAUGACUGUGGGGACAUGAGUGAUGAAGAUCAAAGACACAGCUGUGCUGAUCGCAACUGUACUCGUUCUGAAUUUACAUGUGUCAACAACCGGCCUCCCCUCAGGAGAUGCAUUCCCAGAGCCUGGAUCUGUGAUGGAGAUGCAGAUUGCAAUGAUGCUUAUGAUGAACAUCAGAACUGCACCAGACGUUCUUGCACUGAAAAUGAAUUUACCUGUGGCAACGGGCUGUGUAUCCGAAACUCUUACAGGUGUGACAGACGCAACGACUGUGGAGACAGCAGUGAUGAGAGAGGUUGUGUCUACCCGCCUUGUCAGCAGUAUCAGUUUACCUGUCAGAAUGGCCGGUGCAUUUCUAAAGCUUACCUCUGUGAUGGAGACAAUGACUGUGGAGAUUUGUCAGAUGAGCUGGAACAUCUUUGUAUCACUCCAGAAGCCACGUGCCCACCCCAUCAAUUCAAGUGUGACAAUGGAAACUGUAUUGAAAUGAUGCAAAUCUGCAACCAUCUAGAUGACUGCAAUGAUAAUAGUGAUGAGAAAGGAUGUGGUAUUAAUGAAUGCAAUGACCCUUCAAUUAGUGGCUGUGACCACAACUGUACAGACACCCAGACCAGUUUUUACUGUACAUGUCUCCCUGGAUACAAACUCAUGUCUGACAAGAAGACCUGUGAUGAUAUUGAUGAAUGCCAUGAAACUCCAUCUGUCUGUAGUCAGAUGUGUGAGAACACAGCUGGGUCCUACAUCUGUAAGUGUGCCCGUGGCUACAUCCGGGAACCAGAUGGAAAGAGAUGCCGACAAAACAGUAACAUUUCACCCUACCUCAUUUUUAGCAACCGCUAUUAUCUGAGAAAUCUGACUGCAGAUGGUCAGUCUUACUCCCUAAUUUUGCAAGGACUGGGCAUGGCAGUGGCAUUGGAUUUUGAUCGGGUAGAACAGAGGUUGUAUUGGAUUGAUUUAGAAAAACAAGUCAUUGAGAGAAUGUUUCUGAAUGGGACAAACAAAGAGACAGUCAUAAACAACAAUCUACCUGCUGGGGAAGGUCUGGCUGUUGAUUGGGUUGCCAGAAAGCUGUAUUGGCUGGAUGCCUAUCUUAAUUGUCUCUUUGUUGCCAAUCUUGAUGGCCGAUUCCGCCGAAAAUUAGCGGAACAUUGUGUGGACUCCAAUAACACCUUCUGCUUCCAGCAUCCAAGAGGGAUUGUCCUUCAUCCAAAAUAUGGACAGGUUUACUGGACAGAUUGGGCAGAUCGACCAUACAUCGGAAGAGUGGGCAUGGAUGGGACCAAUAAAACUGCGAUUAUCACUACCAAGUUAUCAUGGCCCAACGGAAUCACCAUUGAUUACACCAAUGACAAGUUGUACUGGUCAGAUGCCCACCUAAGCUACAUUGAAUUCUCUGAUUUGGAGGGACGACAUCGGCAUACAGUGUUUGAUGGGACUUUGCCUCACCCUUUUGCUAUUACAAUCUUUGAAGAUACUAUAUUUUGGACUGACUGGAACACAAGAACAGUUGAAAAAGGGAACAAAUAUAAUGGAUCUGGAAGAAUGGUCUUGGUGAACACAACACAUAGACCAUUUGAUAUCCAUGUAUAUCACCCAUACAGACAGCCUAUUGUAAAUAAUCCCUGUGGUACCAAUAAUGGUGGCUGUUCUCAUCUCUGCCUCAUCAAAGCAGGUGGACAGGGGUUCACUUGUGAAUGUCCAGACAACUUCCAGACUCUCCAACUGGGCAGUGUGACACAUUGCCUGCCCAUGUGCUCCAGCACCCAGUUCUUAUGUGGAGACAGUGAAAGGUGUAUCCCUAUCUGGUGGAAAUGUGAUGGACAGAGAGAUUGCAGGGAUGGUUCAGAUGAGCCAUCAACUUGCCCACAGAGAUAUUGCCAACUUGGACAGUUUCAAUGCAAUGAUGGGAAUUGCACGAACCCACAUUUUCUAUGUAACACCCUGAGGGAGUGUCCUGAUGGAUCAGAUGAGGACCAUGUUCUUUGUGUGAAUCACCAGUGUGAGACCCAUCAGUGGCAGUGUGCAAACAAACGCUGCAUCCCUGAGGCUUGGCAGUGUGACACUGAGGAUGACUGUGGGGAUAACUCAGAUGAAGAUAGUGCACACUGUGCCAGCAGGACCUGCUUGCCAGGCCAAUUUAAGUGUGACAAUGGUCGCUGCAUUCCUCAGUCCUGGAAAUGUGAUGUGGACAAUGAUUGUGGGGAUCACUCCGAUGAGCCAAUCCACGAAUGCAUGGGACCUGAAUAUCGUUGUGACAACCACACAGAUUUCAGCUGUAAAACAAAUUACCGCUGCAUCCCACGAUGGGCAAUGUGCAAUGGCUAUGAUGAUUGCCGGGACAAUAGUGAUGAGCAAGGCUGUGAGGAGAUGACUUGUAAUCCUUUGGGGGAUUUCCGAUGCAACAAUCAUCGCUGUAUUCCAUUAAGAUGGAAAUGUGAUGCCUAUGAUGACUGUGGGGAUGGAUCUGAUGAGCAGAACUGCACUCCUCGGGAGUGCUCUGAAAGUGAAUUCCGUUGUGACAAUCAGCGUUGUGUUCCUUCCCGUUGGAUAUGUGACCAUGACAAUGACUGUGAAGAUAAUUCAGAUGAACGAGAUUGUGAAAUGAGGACUUGCCAUCCUGGAUUUUUCCAGUGCAAUAGUGGUCACUGUGUGCCUGAACGAUUCAAAUGUGAUGGAAGUGCUGACUGUCUUGAUUUCUCAGAUGAAGCCAGCUGCCCUACCCGUUAUCCUAAUGGCACUUACUGUGCAGCUACCAUGUUUGAGUGUAAGAACCAUGUCUGUAUCCAGCCAUUCUGGAAGUGUGAUGGUGAUAAUGACUGUGGGGACAAUUCUGAUGAGGAACUUCACCUGUGCUUGGAUAGUCCCUGUGAGCCACCAUUUCGGUUCCGAUGUGAAAACAAUCGUUGCAUUUAUAGCCAUGAACUAUGCAACCAGGAGGAUGACUGUGGGGAUGGAAGUGAUGAGAAAGUAGAAUACUGUAUAAACGCAACCUCGAAACCUUGUACAGAAGAUGAAUUCAAGUGUGGCGAUGGACACUGUAUUCCUUUGAGUUAUGUGUGUGACAACUUUGAUGACUGUGGGGAUCAUUUUGAUGAAACAGGCUGCAACCCAGGGGCAGAAAGGACCUGUGAUGAAAAUAUCUGUGAACAUAAUUGUACCAAUCUAAAUGAAGGAGGCUUCAUCUGUUCCUGUAGGCCAGGGUACAAUGCUAGUGCUAUAGACAGAAACUCCUGUAUUGAUAUCAAUGAAUGUGAACAAUUUGGAAUCUGUCCUCAGGACUGCAGAAAUUCCAAAGGAAGUUAUGAGUGUAUUUGUGCUGAUGGAUUUAGGUCUGUGGGUGACCAUGAAGGAAAACAGUGUGCAGCAGAUGGAACCCCUCCCUUACUACUCCUGCCAGAUAAUGUUCGAAUUCGAAAAUACAAUCUCUCAUCAGAGCAGUAUUCUGAUUACCUUGACAAUCAGGAACACAUCCAGGCCAUUGAUUAUGAUUGGGAUCCUGAAGGCAUUGGCCUCAGUGUUGUAUAUUAUACUGUCCUAGGUCAGGGCUCUGAUUUUGGUUCCAUCAAACGUGCCUAUAUCCCCACCUUUGACAGCAGUGGGAAUAAUCCUGUGAAGGAAGUAGACCUGAAUCUCAAAUAUAUUAUGCGUCCUGAUGGAAUAGCUGUAGAUUGGGUUGGAAGGCACAUUUAUUGGUCUGAUGCCAGUACCAAUCGGAUAGAAGUGGCCAAGUUGGAUGGAAGGUACAGAAAAUGGCUGGUUUCUACCCAACUGGAUCAACCAGCUGCAGUUGUUGUGAAUCCAAAAUUGGGGUUUAUGUACUGGACUGACUGGGGAAGACAGCCCAAGAUAGAACGUGCUUGGAUGGAUGGGCAGCAACGGCAGACCCUAGUUUCCAAUGACCUUGGCUGGCCAACUGGCCUUUCUAUUGAUUAUUUGAACAAUGACCGGAUCUACUGGAGUGAUUCUAAAGAGAACAUUAUUGAGUCCAUGAAACAUGAUGGGACCGACAGGAGACUUGUUUCAGCUGGUGUAGGGAACCCUUAUAGCCUGGAUGUCUUUGAAGGCCAUUUAUAUUGGACCUCUAAGGAAAGGGGUGAAGUCUGGAAAGAAGAUAAAUUUGGGAGGGGUGAGAGAGUGAAAGUGCUGACAGUAAAUCCUUGGCUCACUCAAGUUCGGAUCUAUCAUCAAUACAGAUAUAAUCACUCAGUGCCCAAUGUCUGUAAAGAUAUAUGCAGCCACCUGUGCUUGCUGAGACCUGGGGGCUAUACCUGCAGCUGCCCAGAAGGCUCACGUUUUGUGGAAGGGAGCAGUACGGAUUGUGAUGCAGCCAUUGAACCUCCCCCAACCAUGCCCCCAGCAUGCAGGUGUAUGUAUGGAGGAACAUGCUAUGUUGAUGAAAGUGAUCUCCCCAAAUGCAAGUGUCCUAAUGGCUACACUGGAAAUUACUGUGAAUUAGGAUUUUCAAGAGGAAUGCCUCCAGGAACAACAGCAGUUGCUGUGCUGCUUACGAUCAUCUUGAUCCUCCUUAUUGGUGCUUUGGCGAUUGGAGGGUUUUUUAACUACAAGAGAACAGGCUCCCUUCUGCCGUCUCUUCCUAAGCUGCCAAGCUUAAGCAGUUUAGUAAAAUCUACAGAAAAUGGCAGUGGUGUGACUUUCAGAUCUGGGGCUGAUGUGAGCAUGGAUAUUGGAGUAUCAGGUUUUGGGCCUGAUUCUGCUAUUGACAGAGCAAUGCAAAUGAAUGAAAACUUUGCUGUGGAGACAGGGAAGCAACCUAUCAUAUUUGAAAAUCCAAUGUAUGCAGUCAGAGACAGUGUUGUCAAUGUUGAUCAGCCAGCCGCGGUAACUGAAUUCAGAAAUGAGGAUAAUCCAAAUUAUGAAAAUACCAUCAGUUCUUCAGAAAUUGUUAUUGAGGAAAAGCAACCUUCUACAAGUGCAGAAAUAACACAAGGAACAGAAGCUGCACAGGAGUCAAAAUGGAGUUUCUUCAAACGAAAAUUGAAGCAGAGUACCAACUUUGAAAAUCCAAUUUAUGCAGAGAUGGAGAAGGAGCAACAGGAAGUUACAGCUGCUGUACCACCCCCAUCUCCUUCACUUUCUGCUGACAUUAUUCAAAGAAAAGACCAAACUCCAGCUUACAUAGCAACUGAAGAUACAUUUAAAGAUACUGCUAACCUUGUAAAAGAGGAUUCUGAGGUAUAACUAGUGCCAUUGAUUUUAGGGAACGAUUAGAAAUAUACUUUUGCACAUAUAUUUUUUACAAACAGGAAAAAGGUUAACAUUCAGUACUUUAUAAAAUAUAUACAUAUAUAUAUAUAUAAAAUAUCUUGCCUAUAGUUGGAGAUGUCUGUUGCAACUAUGCCUUGUGUUUUUUUUUACUCAUGUCGACUCAUAUUUUUAUGAAGAAUUAUCACAAUGUACUAUAUGUAUAUCUUUGCACUGAAGCUGUCUGAAAGUAAUAUUAUAAAUAUAUUUGUAUAUUUGUAAAUUUUAGGAAGAUUAUCAUGUCAUUGCUUUUGCUAAUAAAAAUGUCUCUUGAAUUGGUUAUUGCAUUGCUAGAAUUAAAUUAUUUCAAUUGAGGGGGAAAAAUCAAGGUAAUUUAAAGUCCUUGUCCAUUUUCAGACAAAGAGUACCAUAUUCUCCUCUUCAGAAUUAUUCAGAAAUAGAACCUGGACUGCUCCAUAACGUCCAUCUAUUUGUAUACACUAGCACCAAAUUGCUGUAUACUGUUAAAUUCUAAAUUCUUUCAUAUCAAGAGGACACUAUAUUUAUACACGCCAAUAUGUAAAGAAUGACCUCUAGACUCUUCAGUUUAUGCAGAAGAUAGGAAAAUAAUUUAGCAUAUUUUAGUUCAAAGACUGACAACCUAAACAGCCAUUGUACAUUUUUAUGUUGUCAAAUAGAAUAUCUGUACUGUCUCCCUCACUGAUGGCUUUCCCUUGAAUUGCCACUUAAACAUUUCUAUUUGUGAUACCUAUAAGAAGAUUUUGUAUCAUUAGAUGCUAGCCACAUCCUAUAUGAUACUUUAUACUUCAUCUAAUGAUAUUUUUUCUUCUGAUGAUGAUAUAUGGAACAUAUUACUCACUUGACGGGCAUGUCAAGCAGUCUUUCCUUGGGACUGAAAUGUUGUAGCUAGAAAAUGCCUUUUCAUCAAAUAUGUUACAAAAAAUUCUAGCAAAACAACUCAAACUUUGGUUUGGAAGUUUUGUGCAAAUUCCAUUGUCAUUGACUAUUUAUUUCCUGAGAUGGAUAUGAAUAGAAAGGGAAAACAGUUUUUAGCAGUAGCUAUUAUUGGGUUCUCUGUUUGAAUCUACAUAUCUGUAGCAGAAUGUCCUGGAUAGUUAGGUUUUCUAUGUAAUAACAUAGUAUAGUUUACAUAACAGGAACCACUUAAUAAAAGUUUAGGGCCAUAAUUUAACGUUUCUUGUCACCUACCCUAGUUAACCAUGCCUAUAAACUGCAAAUUUAAUAAAUGUAUAAUGAAUAAAACAUUUACCAGUGAUUGUUCUAUACCUGAUUUCUCAUAUUUGUUGCCCACAUUUAGAACUAUUAUUGUAAUUAUGAUGAAAUGUAUUGUGAUUGGAAAAGCAACUGGGAAAUGCUGCUGCUGAUAAAUCUAAUAAAUGUAAUAUUUUAUCAGA